GUCUUGUUGCUGUGGUGAUCAGGUGAGGUCUUGGUGCUCAGGGAGAUGCUGGGACACACCUUUGCCUUCAGGGAAUCGGACAGUCAUGGCUGGCUUCCCCUCCAUCGAGCUGCAUCUCAGCCGGUCGCAGAAGUUCUGGACACCGUCUUGAGAUUGGCAGCUCAGGGGCUCAGUCUGGAGGAGAGGACAGUGAUGGGUGGAGAGACGGCGCUGACACUGGCAGUCAAAGCAGGCCUGGGGCAGAAUGUGAAGAGCCUGCUGGAGCACGGAGCCUCGCCUCACAACACCAACAGCAAGAACGAGUCUCCACUGCUGCUGGCAGUGAGGGCUGGUUCUUAUGAGAUGACCUACACACUGGUGGCUCAUGGUGCCUGGGUGGAGCAGGUCUGCCGGAAGAGGUGGACAGCCAUGCAUGAGGCAGCCAGGAUUGGCAACGGGGACAUCCUGAUGCUGCUGCUGAGAAACGGUGGCCGGGUAAACCACAAAGACGCAACUGGAGUGACACCGCUGGCUGUGGCUGCAGAGCACGGACACUUCCACAUCACUGAGAUUCUGCUGAAUUGUGGUAGUCGAGUAAACUCUCAGGCAUGUAAUGGCGAAAGCGUCCUGCUGGAUGCGGCUGGGUCAGGAAACACUUCCUGCAUUCAGCUGCUGCUGGAUAAUGGAGCUAACCCCAACCUGCCCAGUGUCACUGGACAUCUGCCCAUCCACAAGGCAGCGUAUGCCGGACACUACGAUGCUCUAAAAAUGCUGAUCCCACUGACCAAUAAGAAGGCCAUUAAAGAGGCGGGUCUGAGCCCGGUCCACUCUGCUGCAGAGGGAGGUCACAUGCACUGUCUGCAUCAUCUGCUGGCCUGCGGCUUCGACGUCAACUACCGCAUGAACACCAGAAACUCUGAAAACUACCGGGACAUGAGGAGAAGUGCCUUGUACUUUGCUGUCUCCAAUGGGGAUGUAGAGUGCACCAAAAUCCUGCUGGCAGCAGGGGCAAAAACAGACCUAGACCCACUGUGCUGCCUCCUGGUGGCGGUCAGGUCAGGCCGCUAUGAGAUUGUGAAGCUGCUGCUGGCAGCAAAAGCAGACGUGAACUGUUACUUCACGGUAGUAAGUGACACAGUGUUUCCCACAGCGCUGCAGUACUGCCUGAAGGACGAGGUGAUGAUGAGGUUGCUGCUAAACAACGGCUACAAGGUGGAGCAGUGUUUUCACUGUCACCAUGACAAUGCGUUUGAUCCUGCAGAUGAUGUGGAGGGGAAAAUUCCUUUCUGUGAGUUCAUGAGUCUAUGCUGCCUCAAGCAUCUGUCGGGGAGCGUGGUCCGGAUUCUGCUGGAUUAUGUCAGCGAUGUCUACAUCUGCUCCAAACUCAGGCUCAUCCUGGAGAAACAGAGAGAGUGGCCUGAGAUAUGUGAAAUCCUCAGGAGUCCUCGCUACCUCGGGCACCUCUGUAGACUGGAGAUCAGGAAGCUUUUGACUCUGAAGAAACUCAACAACCCUGAAAUCAUGAACUCACAAGUGUUCCCUCCCAGACUGAAGCGUUUUAUACUGUAUGAGGAUCUCGAUCUCUACAGCCAGGACCCUGAAUGCAUCAUGUGAAGAUCUGCAGAUUACCUGCAGGAGUUCUGCUUGUUUCAGACAAAUGUAACUAUUUUUUAGAUCUCUUGUUUUGAUAAUAUUUCUUCCUCAAUACUUUUGAUAAUAGUAAUUGUUAGUUUUCUGUUAUGAAUAAAUGUAUGCUAAAUGUGUUUUUACAGAAAAAUGCUCAUUCAAAUACAUACCAGGAGGGUUUAUGUAAUGCAUCCUGCCAACAAGCAUUGUGUACGUCUCCAAAGGUUGACACAUCUUAUGACAUGUUCUCAUGUUCACAUCUUUUGCAUCAUGAUCAUCCUUAUCAUGAACACACACGUCAUCGCUGCUUUUGAACUGAUCCCACAUACACUGUUCUGCUGUUCAAAUAGUCUGUACAACACCAGAUGUGUAUUAGUCUGCUGCUGAAACUAGUCCCCAACAAAUGCAAUCUGUCCUCCUGUUGUAUUAACAUUUGACAAAAUACUACAGAACCAGUUGUUUCUGGAAAUACUGGACUUUUUAAAUAAAUAAAAAUGAAAUGGAAAUA